AUGUCAAAACACCAAAAGCUGACAAAGUCUAACACUAAAAUACUAGAACAAAAACAGAAAACAGAUUCUGCAGUAAAUCCUCAAAAUAACAUGAUGAAUAAUAACAUGGUUACAGAGUGGUAUUUAUUGCCACAGCAGGUAACUCACACUGAAAGGAUGAGAGGUGAUUCUUCUGGAGAUGAAGACAAUCUCUUCAGUUCUAAAGAUGUAAUGAAAGGGGCAUCUGAGAUGUUUUUUGGUAAGAAAGAAGAUAAAAGUUCGUUUGAAGAUUUUCCGUCACUUGUUGUGGAAAAAGAAAAGAAACUAGGUACUGAGCCAUAUAAAUAUUUUGGUGAUACUCAAACAAAAGACACUUUUGGAGAAAUGUGUCCUGUAGCUAACAUUGUUACUGAUUGUUCAACGAGAACAAAACUUGAUGUUACUAAAAGUUGGAAUAAAGAAUCGGAUAAUGCUUUUUCAAAUAACUCGGAUGUCAGUUUGGAAGGUGAAGAUUUGACAUCCAAAAGAAGAGUGGAUAUUUCCCAUUCAAGUGAUGACAAUGAGAAUCAUCGUCGUAACCAACCACUACUGCAGCGUUUAUGGAAAGAGAAUUGCAAUAAAGCACAUUGCAAUAUGUACAAAAGGAAAAAGUCAAAUAAUCAAAUUCUCAAAAAGAAUGAAAAUCAAGACUUAAUUAAAGACGAUAGUUCUCCAUCUGUAUCUAUGAGAAAUAAAGUGUCUUUAAAACAAAUUCCCGAGAGGAAAAGCUCAAGUGAUUUUGGUACACAGUGUGUCCUUCAUAAUCUUAAUACAAAAUCAUAUAACAAUCAAAGCAGGAACAAUCUCUGUGAGACAAAAACUUCUUAUAAUUCCAUUAUGAAAGUUUCAACCACAUAUAGUCCUUCUAAUGGAACAUUCAUUACAAAUACAAGAAAUUAUGAUCCUGUACAAAGCACUGCGGAAUCCAGUAGACCUGCAAAACUUCAUACCUUCUGUGAAGUUAAAAAACCUGUUUCAAGCACAAACACAGCGAACAGUACCAAUAUACAUGCAAGCCAUACACAUAAUGCAGACAAUACAAAACUUGUUGUAUCUUCCACUAAAGUAAACCGCCGUACUACUUCAACUCCUUAUAGUAUCCCAGGCUCUGUGUGUUUCAGUAGUAAAACUGGAAUUUCCCCUAUAGAAAGUGUGAAAAAUUAUUCUACAUUCAGAAAAAACAGAGAUAAAUUUGACAUUGGGAAUUCUUUGGACAAACCAGUUGGAACAGUCAGUUAUCAGAUGAAACAUGGUUUCAGUAAAAAUAACUUGGAAAAUAGUGGUCUCAAAUUACCCAGUGUGGCGAGAAGUGAAAUGUCUGAUGCUGUUGAUGAAAAAAGGUGUAAAGAAAUAGAAAGCUAUUCUAAAAAAGAAACAGAACCACAGACCAAAUGUCAAGAAACGUGCUUAACAACUGAUAGUAAUGAAUAUUCCCUGGAAGAAAUAGAAUCGAAAAACAGCCAGUGUCUAGAAAAAUCACUGCCUCCUCCAAAACAUUUGAAUAAGAACCACAGAUAUGAACUGCCUCUUGUACCAGAAUAUGACCAGGAAGAGAAACGAAGCUGUAUUGCAAUAAGACAUAUAGGUAGUGAAACGAAACUUACUGUAGGAGAGAAAGACAAAAAAUCUAUAAACUCUGCGCUACGUGGGGCCAAUAAUGAAACAGAAGUGUCAAAUAAUCAUUCAGUGGAAGAAUGUGAGCUGUAUUCUGCAUCUUUGUCUUCAUUUUCAUCAAGAGUGUCCAGUGAAGUUUCCGCUGAGUGCCAUCUGAAUUCAGACAUUUUAAUUCCAUUGAAAAGGAGUAAAUCGAAUAAAUGGAGUGUUGUACAGAAACUGAAGGAUACAGAAACAUACUGCCAUAAAGAAAAAAUUGUUUCCAAGAGGAGCAGGGAAACAGUCAAGUACAGACACUCCAUAAUAGCUUUAUCACAAGAACAAGGGAAAACAGUUAGUGAAACUGCAAAUGAAGAUAAUGAAGAUGACAGCAGCUGCCAACUUUCUGAAGGAAAUGUAGUGCAAAACCUUUUAGCCUCAUCAUUGCGGAAACGAAUGAAAGUGCACCAGGACUACAGUGGAACUGUCAUUAAAACAAUAGCUAAUACUGCUGCUGAAUUGACAACUUGCUGUCAGGAUAAAUGGCAAAAUACAAUAAAAGAGUAUGAAGAAAAGAUUAAAAAUUCUUUUGUGAAGGUGAACACCAUGCUCCAAGAGUCAGUUAGUUAUCAAAAUGAAUUUCAUAAAUUUCUGAAAAAAUAUUCUUCUGAGUCACAGAAGCGGUAUAUGACUAUUAAAGAAGAGGUACAAGCACUGUCUACUUGUACUAAGAAGAUGUGUGAGAGUCUAGAUGAGAUUGGUAGCUACAAAGAAGAUAUUUGCUCACAAAAAAUUCAAGAAACAAAGAAGCUGCUGUACAAGGAAGCAGAUCAGAUGAUUGCAAGAGAAACAAACAGAAAUCGUGCUCUUGUUCAUGGAAAAGUUGGUCAUGCCUUAAGUAAAAGAAAAAAAUAAAGAAUUUUUAUAUACUUUCCCUGGAAGAUACUGCAGCACUGUUUCACCAUGACAAAAAGCUGCAGUCUCCCUAAAAGACUGAAUGUCGAUGUUACUGAAGUAAAAGCUAUAGUCAGUUGUACAAUACAAAUGGAAUGACUAUUUGUUAUUAUUCAGAAGCAAUAUUAUGUUUAAACAGGAUGAUUCUUUUCCUUAAUAGUACACUGUCAUUAAAAGUGAAAACUGCACUCAGGAAUAAAUUUUUUAUCUUGCUCUUUCAGAACCUGAACAGCAUUCUUUCCAUUUGCAACAGGAAGUAUGUGAAUGGAAAGACAGGCUGUCAGUAUCAUCAACAAAAAGACUCAUUAGAUCGACAACUUUACAGACUGUUAUGGAAAGAUGGAAUAACUGGAAUCUCUCCCAUGACAAGAAAUAGUACAUUGGCUGUUAGAUUAUAAUCAGUCAGCCAGUAAUCAAUGAUCACUUACUGUAAUUCGGUAAAACUAGUGCAACAUAAAAUGCAGCAAGGAGAAUAGAGAAAUAUAGUUUCUCUUUCAGGAAAGGAGAGACAGAAUGAUCAGAGGGUGACUGAUAUAUGACUAAAAUUAAAGAGAAAGCAGAUCUUUCCUCACGUAUGAGAGAGGGAGAAAUAGGUAUACUACUUUAGAUAAACAGUUUAACCAAAGAGAAAUCAGGAAAUUUGCCAUGACUAAAACAUUUGUCCAAGAUGAUGCUUUCAUUUGCAGAUCUCAGAUGGAGCAAUAUUUCCAAAAGAAUCAACUAGCAAAGAAUUAAAACAAAUGUUGAGUGGUAGUCCAUAAAUGAUAUAAUUUCAGAAUACACUCUUUCUGCAUCCAUUGUUCUUAAACUAUACUGUACAUUAAUUUUUCCAGUUUAUAGCAAACAUCAUUCAACACUGUAUGUGGACAUACUCAGUUACAGCUCCUAUGAUGCAUAAAUAAAUACAGGAGAUGCUUUCUAUUGCCACUUUAUUAAUAAAUUAGUGUAAAAAUCCAUCAUUAAUUUAACUGCCCCCCACAAUUAACUGAAAUUACUUGCAGUUUUACUUACAGUUGUCUCCCUAAGAUGUGUUUGUCAACUGCUAUUUUUUUGUACAAACUUUCAUUGACUUUCCUUUUGCCAACCUUGAAUUGCACUCUCAACCAACUACCUCACAAAUGUUGGGUGAUUACAUAUGUUAACAACCAAUCUUUAGUAUUCCCUCCAUUUCUUAUCUCAGUUUGGAUCUUUCCCUGACUGCUCUCUCCUUAUGAUUAAUUGUGCUUCUAUGCUUUCUUUGUUUUUCUCAUUUUAUGUCUUCAUUACUACUUCAUGUUUCAAACACCAUGUUAUUAAUCAGGUUUUUUGUGUUUACUCAUCAUGUUAUUUAAAAGUUUGCAUUAUCUUUAUUUUACCAAAAUAUAUGUUAUCAGUCAGGUUUGUCAUGCUUACUCAUCAGUUCAUCUCAUCAUCUGAAUGUUCACAUUACCUUGAUUUUAGCAAUCAUUUUAUUGACAGUCAACAGAUUUGUACUCUCUAACACCUUUCUGGUAACUUCCUUUUUUUGUUUGAAUCUUGCAGAGUUUACAUAUUUUUUCUUCCUUUUUAUUAUUGCCUACUAAGGAAAACGUUUUUGGUCAUUGAAGCUCAAAUAUUUGAUUAUAGUUUUCUAUAUGAUUGCAGUUUUUACUGUUAAUACUUUUACCCUCCAACAAUUUGCUUUAAACUGUACUUUAUAUUCUUAUUAUUUCAUCUGCCCUGAAUUGCAGCAAGAAAAUGUACAAUAAAUAAAGUAAAUAUGUCUACAGGAAGUCAUCUGAAUUGUGUUAAACUUAGUCAUUGGAAUCAUGUGGUAACAAGGAAUAAAUGUUGUCAAGGCUUAUGUACUGGUAUGGUGUACCAACAUUUAAGUACAUUGUAAUUGCAGUAACUUUAGUUGUUCAUAUAUGAACAUGAGUUUCUGAGCAUUUUCAAAAGCAUCACAGAGAUUGAAUUAACUUGUAUUUAAAUUAUUUUUGUUACAAGAUGUCAGACUCACAUAACUUCACGAAAGUGAAACAUCAGAUAUUUACAGACCUGCUGUAAGGUAAAUAAUGGUAUGUCCACAUUUGCCAUUACACCUUUAUAGAUUUAAGUUUCAAUAGUUGAGUGCAGUAUUCUUAUCAAAAUACACUGUGGAAUAAUAAGAAGUUUCUGUUGUUAGCAGGGCAUUGUAUAUGUAUCUUACCUCAGUAAGUAAAUAAGUAGUGUGUAAUUAAUUGUCUUGGUGAGUUCAUAAACCAUUUCUUUAUGUUUUGUAUCUGUUUGAACUGACAGUUCAUUGCAUAUGAGAUGUCUAAUGUAAACUUCUGUUCAUUUGUUAGUGUACAGAAAA